AGACUUGCAGUUUUUUUUUUUUUUUUUAAUGUCUUCUUAAAGUAAACAUGUAAAAUAAAGUUUUUUUGAUGUGUGACAGUGACAAAUAUUUGUUGCAAAAAAAAAUUUAUGAAAUAAAGAAAAAUGAAACAAAUUAUAUUUGACUUGAAAUUACAAGAAGAUAUAUAUUCACACAUUGAAUAACAAUGUUGUACAUAAUACAAAGCUCACGUUUGAUAACGAAUCUAAAUUUAUCAUCAGCAUAACUUAAAUUAAACUAAUUAUUAAUGAUAAAACGAUUUCAAUUUAAUUAUUAGAAUUCAAAUUGAAAUUUUUUAUUUGGAUAAAAGGAUUUUUAUUUGUUAAUAAAACUUUCCAUCGACUUCAAAGUGUGCUAAAAACAAACAUUGAAAAUGGCAAAUAUUUUAAGUGGACCGCCUUUUUUAAACGAAUGGAACUACAAAUCAAUGGCAGAAUUUCUUUAUGAAAAAAUAACACUACAUGCAUCGUCAACAGCUUUAAUAAGUAUGGAAACCAAAGAAGAAUUAUCGUACAAGGAAUUUUUGGAAAAAAGUCUAAAAUUAUCAGUGGCACUUGAAAAAAUGGGAUUAAAAGUAAAUGAUAAAAUUGGAAUAUGUAGUGAAAACAAUUUAAAUUUUUGCAUUGCACUUCUAGCGAGUAUAUUCUUAGGUGUGACAAUUUGUCCCCUAAAUCCUGCGUACACUGAACAAGAAUUUAUUCACGUAUUAAAAAUUUCAAAACCAAAAUAUAUUUUUGUCUCAACAAUAAUUGUAGAGAAAAUGAUGAAUGUCGUCGAUAAAUUGUCAUGGUCACCAAAAUUAAUUUUACUCAAUGAUAAAAGUGAUAAUUUCAAAAUUUUACGGAUCUCAAAUUUAAUAGCUAACAUAACAAAUGUUGAUGUGAAAAAUUUUCAAUUUCCCAUAAUUAACAAAAAUGAACAUAUUUUAUUGAUUGCAUGUUCAAGUGGUACAACGGGUUUACCAAAAGGUGUUAUGUUGAGUGAUAAAAAUUUUUUAAUUCAAUUACAAUAUUAUGUUGAGGAUAGGUUUCCAUUUUUUCAAAAUGCCGGUAGUUUUUUGGGACUAUUGCCAAUGUUUCAUGGUUAUGGAUUUUUUAUUUUUCUUGUGAGUCUCACUUUUGGCAAUAAAAUAAUUGUAAUGUCACGAUUUGACGAACGACUUUUUUUACAAGCUGUACAAGAUUAUCGAAUUAAAACAUUGCCACUUGUUCCGCCGUUGUUGGUGUUUUUGGCAAAAAGUCCAAUUGUCGAUGAAUUUGAUUUGUCAUGCGUCAAACAAAUAUCAUGUGGAGCGGCUCCGGUAUCUGAAAAUAUUAAAGAAGCAGUGCAAAAGAAAUUUAAACUUCCGUUUAUUAGAAACGGCUAUGGAUUAACGGAAACUACAGUUUCAUUAAUGAAUUCAUGUAACGAAUUGAAAUCUGAAAGUGUCGGAAUUUUACGACCAGGAUUAAAAGCAAAAGUCAUUUCAAUAGAUGGAAAUAGUAAUGAACCACUGGGACCAAAUCGUGAAGGUGAAUUAUGCUUUAAAGGAGAAAUUAUAAUGAAAGGAUAUUAUGGCGAUGAAAAAGCAACGCGAGCUGCAAUUGACGAAGAUGGUUUUCUUCACACCGGUGAUGUUGGUUAUUACGAUGAAGAUGGUUGUUUUUUCAUUGUCGACAGAGUGAAAGAACUUAUUAAAUAUAAAGGAUUUCAAGUUCCGCCCGCGGAGUUGGAAGCUAUUUUAUUGACACAUCCGGCAAUUAAGGAUGCUGCAGUCAUUGGAAUGCCUGAUGAAGUUGCUGGAGAAUUACCACUUGCUUUUGUUGUUAAACAAUCUGGUGUCAAUGUUUCUCCUAGGGAAAUCAUUCAAUACGUUAAUGAACGAGUUUCGUCACAUAAACGUCUAAGGGCUGGAGUUCGAUUUAUUGAAGCAAUUCCUAAAAAUCCCUCCGGCAAAAUUCUUCGACGAGAAUUACGAAAUAUUUUAAAAUCGAAAAUUUAGUGAUUAAUGUUUUAACAACAAUACUAAUAUAUAUAUAAUUCUGAAAAUUUAAUUUUUAGAUUUUGUGUUCCAAACAAAAAAAUAAUUAAGUCUUUAAUAAAUAUAAGGAAAUUUAUCAUAAGUAAAAAAAUUAUUAAUUUAAAUAAUUUUUACAUUUUUAAGUAAACAAUUUUAUAAAUUUAACAAAUUUAAUAAAAUAAAAAAAGUAAAACUU